CGUGCACUGUCAUAGGCCGAGCUGAGGAUUGCUGGCGACAGUGUGUCUGGCUCGACUCUCAAGUUCCGCCGAAGGUUUGCCGCCAACUCAGGGGAUCCCCGGCCACGGAUUCUACGCUUUUCAAGUUGGGAAACCACCAUAGAUGUAGGUGAGGUCAUGAAGGAAAAAUCCAAGAAUGCAGCCCGUAGUCGGCGGGAGAAGGAGAAUGCCGAGUUUUACGAACUGGCCAAGCUGCUUCCUCUGCCUGCGGCGAUCACGAGCCAACUCGACAAGGCCUCAAUCAUCCGACUGUCUACCAGUUACCUCAAGAUGAGGGCAGUCUUCCCGGAAGGUCUGGGUGAUGCAUGGGGCUACCGUCAACCUCACAAGACACCUUUAGAAAAAGAGCUUGGCUCGCACCUUCUUCAGACUUUAGACGGCUUCAUCUUCGUCGUGGCACCGGAUGGCAAAAUCAUGUACAUUUCAGAGACAGCUUCGGUGCAUCUUGGACUUUCUCAGGUUGAACUUACUGGCAAUAGCAUUUAUGAAUACAUCCAUCCAGCGGAUCAUGACGAGAUGACCGCUUUACUCACCGUGCAUCAGGCGUAUCACACACAUUUAAGACAAGAUAUUGAAAUCGAGCGUUCCUUUUUCAUUCGCAUGAAAUGUGUCCUCGCGAAACGAAAUGCUGGCCUGACGUCUGGUGGUUACAAGGUGAUUCACUGUAGCGGUUACCUGAAGAUCAAGCAGUACACGAUGGAUGUGGCCCCGUUUGAUGGUUGUUACCAGAAUGUGGGUCUGGUGGCUGUCGGCCACUCCCUACCUCCAAGUGCCAUCACAGAGAUAAAGAUGUACAGUAAUAUGUUCAUGUUCAGAGCCAGUUUGGACUUGAAGCUUAUAUUUCUCGAUGCCAGAGUUGGACAGUUGACGGGUUACGAGCCGCAAGACUUAAUAGAGAAGACACUUUACCACUAUAUACAUGCCUGUGAUAUAUUGCAUAUGAGAUAUGCACACCAUACAUUGUUGCUAAAAGGCCAAGUGACAACAAAAUAUUAUCGUUUUCUGUCGAAGGAUGGCGGGUGGGUCUGGAUGCAAAGUUACGCCACAAUCGUCCACAACAGCCGUUCCUCGAGACCUCAUUGUAUUGUCAGUGUCAAUUAUGUGCUCAGCGAAGUGGAAGCAAAGGACUUGCAGCUUCAGAUCGAACAGACCAUGACGAAAGAGGAGUCUCCAUUUACAUCGAACCAAGACCGAUCACGGCUAGGAAAGGUCCGACAGAGUAGGAAUAAGGCAGGGAGACGAUCUCCGUACACGCAGGUCACCGCGGAGUACAGUCCGGAGUAUUCGGAGAGGAACUAUGACAGUACGCCAGAGGUUCCAGUGCCUGUUCACCCAGCCGCAGCUGGGGUCAUGUACUCUCACCCUCACGAAGGGAUAGAACGAUAUGCAGGGCUGUAUCACCCUGCCUAUAGUCACCAUCCGUCAAUUGCAGGGGUUUAUAGUGAAAACUCGUGUCUGUAUCCGUACCCAGCUCAUCAGAGGUUUGGCGGAAUGGAGGAACGGACUACUGGCUACAAACCCGCGCACACGUACGACGAAAGGUAUUAUUUAGGCAGGGAUGCAAGCCCUUAUCCGGGGUUGUUAGCAGUUCAGGCACAGGGAGACCCAUCAAGGUAUCCACAGACAGCGACAGCCUAUGUGGAUUCGUACAGGAACCCUGACACUGGGCAGUCACCUGUCACAAAGACGAAUUUUGAUUGUGCUCAUGGUGCGAACAUUGCUCGGUGUACGAGUUGCAAUAAUAACAAUAAUACCACCGAUACCGGCAAAGUGCAUCAGUCUUAUCACAGUUACCCAGAGAAAACACUCCAACGGGAUGCUGCCAUAGAAUAUGAUAAACGGACUGAUGUUCACAUACAGAGGGACAGAACGAGUAAUACUAAGUUCGAUAGCCUCGUGGAAGCUACGCAACGGCUAGUCAAGGAAGAGACCUCGGGAGACAGGUCCAAGUCCCAAAUCAUGAACAAUACAGUGAAUAAUACGCAUGUACGUGAGGGUAUGACCCGGUCAGUCAUCAUGCGCAGACAGGGGGCCAAUUGUAGUCAGCCAAACAGUCAAACAGACACCCGGCCUCGCGAACCAAACUAUAAUACUCAGAACUGUAUGAAGUCCCCUCAGGUUACCCCCGAACCCAAUGGAAAUGAUAAGAUCAUGCCAGAGGAGAAGGACAAGAGCUGUGCCCAGAGACUGAUGGAAUACACCCGAACUGGGACAGAGGGGUACUCAAGUUGUGUCAAGAACGCCUACAACUAUAUGGCAUAUGGCGAUAGUGUCCCGUACUCAAAUAAUCUGCAUGCGCAGAAAGCGUACCCUUUAGUACCUCAGGCAGGGUACACCAGUGUCAUUGUCGAUACACAACAAUAUCACUUGGCUAAUGGGUAUGUUCACUAGCUGCGUUUAUACAGUUUAAAGACCCCAGUUUCAUGAUGCUGAGGCUUUCUAAUGAAAUCGUCCAUGAAUUCAUCAAUGUGUUUCACAUCCUGACAAUGUUAGAGAGGGGUAAAGGGUUCUAAGGUUGUGAAGCACAUCGAUGUUCAUGGCCAAUUUCAACGACGUCUUUCGCCGAAUUAGUUAAACCUGUGAGUAGAUGUUCGCUGGGUCUUAAAGACAUUGCCGGGAAGUAAGAAUGGCAACAGGACUGAUGGUGCUUCAAACGGUACGCCCUGGACACCAUCAGCAAACAGUCUUCGCUUAGGUGGCCUACGGGUAGGAACGCCUGUUCCCUGACGAAAAUACUUUUUAUGACGUUGCAUAAAAGACAGCAUCAUGGAGAAGGGGAAGGGUACCAUUUGGGGUAUAUUAACUACUAAUAUCUGUGCUACUUAUUUUUCUUAGACGUGUAUUGUAUCAUUUCCUUCGGCCGGAUUCCCGUCCCUAGCAGUUUGUUUGGAAGGGAGCUGACAAAAGGCAUCUUUCGCAACCCUUACCAACGACGAGUACGAAGAUGUGCAUCCUGGCACUAGUUGUUUUCAAUAUACUCUGCCUCUCGAUAUUUCCAACGUAUACGACAUAGGAGAAAAAAGCCUGAUCUCAGGAUGGAAGAUAUGUGGUGUCUUCUGCUUUAUUGUUUUUGUUGUGCUUCUCUUUUUCGGACGCAGACGAUGCGUUCGUAUUCCGUGUGCGUAGGAACUUACAAGUAUAUGUAUUAUUAAAAGGAAUUCCUCAGAAAGCGACGCCCUAAAUCCAAAAUGGCCACUUUGUCCAGCUAAGCUGGGUCUUCCGUCAACUUCUGCGUACAUAAUGUAUGUAUUUUCCCUAAAGCUACUUUUUGUCUGUUUUGCUGUUUCUUUUCGUUCAGGCUCUUCCCUGUGGAACACUGGGGCCGUGGAUGUAGAUUUGUGGAGUUGGUUCAGCCACACUGUAGCACUGCAUUUGCUUCUGAUCUGGGAAUCCUUGCCUGAUGUGGGUGGUUUAUUAAGUCAGAGAAAUUUCCGUGUUUAAUUAUAUCUGUUAAUGUCAUUUAUUUAUAAUGAACGUGUCAUUCUUAAGAUGAUGGUGCCUGCAAAUAAAUUAA